AAAAAAUAAAAUAAAUUACGGCAAACAGUUCCGAACUCCCGUAGACUAGGGAAUUAGUUUUUGUUUUCUCAUUAAACUAUGUGGCUAAGUAGCUCUUGAACGCCGUGGUUUCAAUCGAUCUCACAUUGACAACUGAAAUAACGGUAUUUCUAUCUUCCGUUUUCGCACAGAUUCUGACCUCGGCAUCUCAUAUUCACAGCCAAAAAUCAAACACAGGAUCCUGCAGUCUAGUGGUGCCCUCUUCUUUUGCUAGGAGAGAUCACGGUGAGUUAGAGCUAAAGCAUAGUUUUCCAACUACAAUGAAGAAGGAUGAGAUUUGGGUGGUGAAAUUUGCUAAAUAAUCCCUCUGUCGUUCUAACAAGUAUAGUGGAAGAAUGGAGGGAAAUGUGUUUGCUGAAGCUUUGGAAAAGAUGGACCAUGUUAAGUCUCCCGAGGGAGAAAUUCUUGCCAAGCCUUUUUUGGAUUUGUGCAAAACAGUAUUGCCUGUUUUAGACAACUUUGGACCAGCCAUGGGACCUGUAAAAUCUGACAUUGGUGGUAAUAUAUCGAGGCUGGAGACUAGGUAUUUGUCCAAUCAAUCAGAAUUCAAUUACUUGUACAGGAUAGUACAGUCAGAAAUUGAAUCGAAAAAGGCUAAAUCUUCAUCCAGUUGCACAAAUGCUUUACUUUGGCUGACAAGGGCCAUGGAUUUCUUGUCAGAACUGUUCCGCAACUUAAUGGUGCAUCCGGACUGGAGCAUGUCACAAGUUUGCACUGAUUCAUACGACAAGUCCCUGAAAAAAUGGCAUGGCUGGCUGGCUAGUUCAAGUUUUAGCGUUGCCUUGAAGUUGGCUCCGGAUAGGAAGAAGUUUAUGAGUGUAGUGGGUGUCAAAGGAGAUGAUGUUUCUGACAUUGAAGAUUUCUGUGGAAGGUUCUCACCUUUAUUGGAAGAGAAUCACAAGUUCCUCGCUAGUGUUGGAAUGGACAAUUUGAAAGCUUGAUGAGCCAUAGUCAAUGGUGAUUGAAGUUCGUCAGGACCUUGAAUUAUUGUUUGCUUGGAUUUUUUUUAAUUUCUUUGAUUCUUUCCAGUUUUAGUUGAUCACCUCCUCAGGAAGUUUGAUCACAUUUUGCCCUGGUAUUUGCAAUUUUUAGUGAUAGCAAAUUCACCAUUUCAUUUUAUUAUCCUCAUUGAAAUGUGAUUUCUUGACAUUCUCUCU